CUUGGCGCCGCCCCCCACAUACCAGCAACGCCGCGCGCUCCUGUCUGAUUGUUGUCAGUAUUAAACCCACCAAUAUAAGUCGCCAGUUGUUAUACCCUCCUCCGGGAAGCGAAAGCCAGGUCCUCGUCUGUGAGGGGCGGAAAAAAGGGGCUGCUAUCUCAAGAAGCGAAGACAUUAUCUGCAACUCAAUAAGGAGCUCUCACAGAUAGCCCACGAUGUUCAGGAUCUGCCUGUGCGUCUGCGCCGUGAUCAGCCGCGUCGCUCCGCAGGAGGCGGAGGAGCCCGUAACCUACACGUGCACAGAUGGCUAUGAAUUUGAUCCUGUUCGACAAAAAUGCAAAGAUAUCGAUGAAUGUGCCAUCCUAUCUGACGCCUGCAAAGGGGGCAUGAAGUGCAUCAACCAUUUUGGCGGGUACCUCUGCCUCCCCAAGAGUGCCCAGAUAUUCAUCGGCAACGAGGACGAGAGUCCCGCGGAGGAAGCCCCCGCUCCCGCCCCCCCAACAUGGGUCCAGCCUGGCCAGGGGGCAGGCUCACAUAGUAGCAGGCCGGUGCGAUGUGCUGUUGGGUUCGCGCCAGAUGAGCAGAACUACUGCAGAGAUAUCGAUGAGUGUGCCACAGGGCGGCACAGCUGUGGCACUGACCAGAUCUGCCACAACACCAGGGGCUCCUACACCUGUCAGUGCCAUCCAGGAUUCCAGAAGAACGGAGAUCGUUGUGUAGACAGAGAUGAGUGUGCGUCCCGUUACUGCAUGCACAGAUGCGUGAACACAGUGGGCUCCUACUAUUGUGAAUGCAACAUUGGCCACCAGUUGGCGAGAAACAACCACACCUGCGUGGAUGUGAACGAGUGUGAGGUCUCACACCCAUGCCAGCACCGAUGCUACAAUCUCAUGGGCUCCUUCAUCUGCCAGUGUGACCAAGGCUACAAACUAGCUGCAGACUCUGUGUCCUGUGAAGAUAUCGAUGAGUGCAGCAUUGCCGGCUACCGGUGCCGCUUCCAGUGUGUGAACAACCCGGGGGGGUACUCCUGCACCUGCCCGGAGGGAUACCAGGUCCAGGGAACAGGAAUGUGUCAAGAUAUAAACGAAUGCGAAGGCGACAAUGAGUGCAGGGAAGACGAGAUGUGCUGGAACUACCAUGGUGGCUAUCGCUGCUACCGUAGGAACCCCUGCGAGGAGCCUUACGUGAGAACAGGAGAGAACCGCUGCUUCUGCCCAUCAUCGAGUGCCUGCGAGGACCUGCCCAUGUCCAUCGUGCACAAACACAUGAGCAUCCUGUCAGAACGCUCUGUGCCAGCUGACAUCUUCCAGAUCCAGGCGGCCAACAUCUACCCAAACAUACAGAACACCUUCCAGAUCAAGUCGGGCAACGAGGGCCGUGAAUUCUUCCUGAGGCGCUCCAGCAAUGCCAGCGCCAUGCUAGUGAUGACCAAGUCACUGACGGGGCCACGAGAGCUCAUCCUGGAGCUGGAGAUGAUCACCUUCAACAUGGUCACCCAGCACCGUUCCAGCUCCUUGCUACGGCUCACCAUCGUCGUGGGGCCCUACGACUUCUAACACCCCCUCCCCCCACUUCCUGUGGUGCUGUUGCAUCAUUUCCUGUGUAAAAGAUACCCAGCAUGCUCCAGUAUAUCCAUUUAACGCAGCGAUGGUGGGAGAUUACCAGCAGCUUGCUUCAUUCCUGGAGGAAGAU